ACUUUAGUGUAUUGGGCUGCCUUUUUUUAAUUAUUUUCUUCAACCUACCUAUCUCUUGUGAAUGGUUGGUGGAACUCCUAUUUUUCCCUAUAUAAAGUGUAACAUUCAAGCUGUUAAUGAGAUAUAUUCAAGUAACUCUAUAUAUCUUUUCCUAAUUUAUCUUUUGCCUAGAUAAUACAAUGGCCUUUGAAAAAGAAAACAUGAAAGUUGAAAUUGUGUCUACAAAGUUCAUAAAACCAUCUUUACCAACUCCAAAUCAUCUCCAAAAUUACAAAUUAUCUUUCUUUGAUCAAAUAGCUGAUGAGGCACAUUUACCUCUUGUUCUUUUUUAUCCUCCUACUAACAACAUUAAUUAUGCAACUCAUGAAUAACAAUUCGAGCAAUCUUUAUCUAGAAUUUUAACCCAUGUUUACCCUAUUUCUGGCAGAUUUAUCGAGGACGAUGACUCGAUAUCAUGCAAAGACCAAGGGGUUAAAUUUGUAAAAGCUAAGGUAAAUAGUAAGCUGAAUGAAUUUCUUGAGAAAGCACACAAGGAUGUCAACCUUGCAUUGCUUUGUUGGCCUCAAGAUACUUGGGAUGUAGAUGACACUAACUUAUUCAUCAUGCCAAUUGUCAUUGUCCAAAUCACAGAAUUCGAGUGUGGUGGAUUGGCUCUAUCUAUGAGCCAUGCACACACGGCGAUGGAUGGUUUCACAACUUUCACUUUUAUUAAUGAGUGGACUAAAGUGUGCAGAUUAGGUAUUCCUGAAGACAAGAUUGAUUUCCUGAGCAUUAAUUUGGCUGAUGUUUUUCCAUCAAGAGAUCUAUCGAAACUUCUCUUGCCUCGUCUCCCCCAGGAGGAUCGCGAGGAAGCUAAAUUAGUAGCCAAAAGGCUAUACAUCAAUGAAAGUGCCAUUUCAAGGCUCAGAGAGGAAGUCGGAGACUUAUGCUUUAAGCCCUCAAGAGUUGAAAUGAUCGUAGCCCUCCUAUGGAGGGCUCUGAUACGUGCUUCAGAAAAGAAGCACGGACAUCUAAGACGUUCCCUAAUGGGUGUCCCUAUAAACAUGCGCCCUAAGUUGAAAUCGUUACCUCAAAUAGAAAAAUCUUUUGGGAAUCUUGUAAUUGAAGCCCCAGUAAAAUUCAUACCGGGGGAGAUCAACAACAUGGAGUUGCACAAUUUCGUGAGAUUAAUUCGUGACACAGUGAAGGAAACUAUUGUUGCUUGUGACAAGACUUCACCAGACGAUGUAGUGGCAGCUGUGGCUAAUAUAUACAAUGAAAGUUUCCAAGCACAAGAAUGGGGAGCAAGUGAUGAAGUAGACAUGUACACAAGUUCAAGUUUGUGUAGAUUUCCAAUACAAGAAGCUGAUUUUGGUUGGGGAAAACCAUGUUUGAUGCAUUUUGGUUCAAGACAUAAUCAGGUUUGUUGGUUGUAUGAUGCUGAAUGUGGCAACGGGAUUUGUGUGCAAAUGGAUUUGAAGGAAACUAAUGCCAAAUUAUUUGAAUGUGAAGAUGAUAUCAAGGCUUUCUUUGAGUUUUAGGUUCUUAGUGUGCUAAAAAAAAAUAAGGUUUUUAGUGGGUAUGUAUGUGUGAGUGUUAUUUUUCUUUUUUCAAAUUAUUUUGCUUUUACUAUUUGUAAUAUUGGUCUAAAAAGGGGAAUGGAAGAGCUGAACUAGUACUACUAAUGUAACAAUAAUUAUAAUAAAAACUUCCCUUAUUACUA